AAGCGCUCCUGAGUGGAUGACGAUUACGUACGUGACUGGACCAUAAUUCAAAAAAAAUACUGAAAAUACGACCCGGCGAUCAAAGAAUUGUGUUCAAUUUGUUUGGAUAUUGAUGCUGAGACACACGUGGAGUCAAAAGGGAGACACAAUACACCUGACCUGGGCACAGACUUUGCAUUACUCAUGGCUGUUCUUCGACUCCAUGCACAAUCCUACAUCCAAUUGAUUGACUGAUUGAAUGAGCGCUAAUUCAUCGUCACCACAUGGAACCCAUUCCCCUUGAUGAACAUAUGAAGACCCUUACUGCCCACUGUGAUUGGACAAAUUACUAUUGAUCUGUGACCAAAGUGCUGAGAUGCCUGGAGGUGACAGCAGUCCAGAUGGGGAGGAGCCUUCGCUACCGUCAGUCACAGGAGAAGAUGGAGGGGAGGAGAGGGUGUCAGCAGUGCAACAGGGUGGAGGGGCACAGUCAGAGCGCCUCAGGAGGGAGGAGAGUGGAGUUUCACAUGGAGAAGUGGGGCAAGAAGAUGAGGAGAUGAUUAGCGGAUCAAAUGACCUCUCUUCCUCGGCCAAUCACAGCCCUGGUAGCGCCAUAGGGUCCGCCUCAGCUUCAACUAAGAGCAGUGAGAACACAGAUGGUGGCAAAGGGCAGGCCCACAGAGAGGUGAUGAUGACAGUGGCUGAGAUGAAGAAGAGGCUUCCAUCAGAAAAACGCAGUCGCAGCAAAGCCAGCACUGUGGAAGCCUUACAUUACGCUCUCAACUGUGUCAAACAAGUGCAAGCCAAUAGUGAAUACUACAAACUGCUGAUGCAAAAUGGCCAGGAUGAGAGGAGAGAUGCCAGCGUGUGCACUCUGGAAGAGCUGGACAGAGUCACCUCUGAACACACCCUUAAAAACACGGAUUCCUUCGUGGUGGUUUUCUCGCUGUUGAGCGGCCGCGUGCUGUACGCGUCGGAGCAGACUCCCAGCAUCCUGUGCUGCAAGAGGAAGUUCCUGGAGUCGGCCAAGUUUGUGGAGCUGCUCUUCCACCAAGAUGUUAAUGUCUUCUACUCACAUACAGCUCAGCCGCAUCUGCCACCGUGGAGCAACUCGCACUCAGCAGGAGUUCUGUUUGACUGUGCCCAGGUCAAGUCUUUCUUCUGCAGAAUCAGGGGUGGGAAGGACCGUGAGGGUGAGAUGCGUUACAACCCGUUUCGGAUAACACCCUACCUGCUGAAGGUGCAGGGAAAAGGAAGCAGUGGGGAGGAGGAGCCGUGCUGCCUGGCACUGGCUGAACGCAUCAUCUCUGGAUAUGAGGCUCCUCGGAUCCCCUUGGACAAGCGCAUCUUCACCACCACACACUCACCUGGCUGUGUGUUCCUUGAAGUGGAUGACAGGGCUGUGCCGUUGCUAGGAUACCUGCCUCAGGAUCUGAUUGGCACGUCACUGCUGACUUGCAUCCACCCAGAUGACCGCCCCCUCAUGCUGUCUAUGCACCGGAAAGUGUUAAAGUAUGCGGGCCAGUCUCCAUUUGAGCACUCUCCAGUGCGUCUGCGCUGCCAGAAUGGAGACCACAUCACCCUGGACACCAGCUGGUCCAGCUUCAUCAACCCUUGGAGCCGCAAGGUGGCCUUCAUAAUUGGGCGGCAUAAAGUCAGGACGAGUCCACUGAAUGAGGACGUGUUUGCUGCUCAGACUAAUGACGAUGUGCCAGUCACCCACGAGGAAAUAAAAGAUCUGCAAGGAAAGAUCUACAAGCUUUUCCUGCAGCCGGUCCAUAACAAUGGUUCCAGUGGUUAUGGCAGUUUGGGAAGUAAUGGCUCUCAUGAGCACUACAUCAGCGUAGCUUCUUCAAGUGACAGCAAUGGUAACCUGUGGGAGGACUCGCACCGGGAACCGAUGACUUUGCAGCAGAUCUGUGCUGAUGUGAAUAGAGUGAAGAGUUGGGGUCAGCAGGCCUAUCUGGGUUCCAGCCACAAAAUCAGUCUUCUUGGCAAACCUGCCACAGCACGUUUGCGCCCCGCAGCCUCCAACCCUGAGGUCAGAGAUCAUGAAGAAAGCAGGAAGCAAACACACAUUCCCUCCUAUCAGCAGAUCAACUGUGUGGACAACAUCAUCAGAUAUUUGGAGAGCUGCACAGGUCCAGCCCUCAAGCGGAAGAGUGAUUCUCAUUCCCUGGCCACCUCGUCUUCCUCAUCCUCUACCUCAGAAGACGACAAGCCUGCUGGAGCCACUGACACAGCUCAGGCCAGCUCAGAUGUGGUGUUGGACAGUGGGGUGUCAGUGGCCCCUACCACAGCAGCAGUUGUUGGAGCACCUCUGACAGACAUUACAAUGUCAACUAAGGCCAUGAGUGUGGUCUCUGUCACCAGCCAGUGUUCAUACAGCAGCACCAUCGUCCAUGUGCCACAACCUGAAUCAGAGGCCACGGCACUGGAGGAUGCCCCAAUGGGCAGUGAGCCUACUGAUGCAGCUCCGACCCCUGUCCGUCCCGCCACAGAGGAACGAAGGUUUAUAGGUCUCACCAAGGAGGUGUUGUCAGCUCACACCCAGAAGGAGGAACAAGAAUAUGUGGAUCGAUUCCGCCAUCGGAUCCUCCAGAGCCCCUACAGCUCCUAUCUGCAGCUGGACAACAGCUCUAUGGCUCACUCCCACCACCCAGGUGACUACCUACGUCCACUGAGCGGUGGUGGGUGGAAUCGCUCUCGCAGAGGAAAGCCCAGACACAAGCGCCCAAAACCCCAGGGUUCCUCAGACAGCUACGCUUCGCCACCUUGCCCCAACUCCUCUUGGCCCUCCUCUGAGUCCUCCCAACCCCAGUUGGGGGCCCCCUACAGCCAAACAUCCCAACUCCAGGCGCCAUUCUUCCCCAUGAUGGCGACCCAGCCUGGCCCGGACCAACCUCCCAGACCACAACAGCUUUCUGCAGCGACCCCUGUGGUGCUACAGCCUCUUGACCAAACCCUGCUCAGCUACAACUUCGGCAUCAUGCAGUCUGCUCAGAGCGUGCCAGGGAUGCAACCAGUCCAGAUGGAGCCCAUUCAGAAUCUGCAGAAUAUACAGAACUUUCACAACCUGCAACCCAUGGCUCCAGCCCAGAGCAUCAACCCAUACGUGGCUCCAGUCAUGGCUGUCAUCCUGCCCAACUACCCAACUUUCACUCCAGGUUUUCCGUCCAUUUACCCACCGUCCACUCCUUCCAUGCUGCCCCAGACACCCAUCACCAUGACAGGCUUUGUCCCUGGCAGUGCCCCCUUCCCUCAGCCCAUGUUUCAAUCCCAGCCUGGCGCCCACACUCAGUCCCCAGUGGGCCCUCUGCUUUGCUCACCCAGAGCCAGCUCCUCUGUUGGGGAAGCGGAGGAGGAAGCCGGUCCUCGGGCUUUAUUCUCCAGCUCUCGCUCGAGUUCUCCGCUGCAGCUGAACUUGCUGCAGGAGGAGCUACCAAAGCCGAAUGAAGGGCAGAGCAGCAUCGGGCACAACCAUGCUGAGAGCCUCCACGAACAACAUGUCAACGAGGGUGACAACCCCAGUGAUUCUGGGAACCAUGAUGCCCAGUCUACAUCCAGUGAGCUGCUUGACAUGCUGCUGCAGGAGGAUGCCAGGUCAGGGACCGGCUCCAAUGCCUCUGGCUCUGGGUCAGGGGAGUCCGGAGGCUCCCUGGGAUCUGGAUCUGGAUCUGGCUCCAAUGGAACCUCCACCUCACACACUGGCAGCAGCAACAGCAGCAAAUACUUUGCCAGCAAUGAUUCAUCGGACACAUCACGCAAAGCCCGUAAGAGCCAGGAGGCGCCGGCAGAGCACCAGCACAGCUUCGACACUCGGGUGGAGAACUCACUGUGGAGCAUGGUCCAGCACACGCCUGAGCAUGUCAUGAUGACAUACCAGAUCCACACCAGGGACCAGACUGAGGUGUUGGCAGAGGACAGGGAGAAGCUUCGGGUGCUUCAGCCCCUCCAGCCCUGGUUCACCCAGGAGCAGAGAGAGGAGCUGGCUGAGGUUCACCCCUGGAUCCAACAGCACACUAUCCCACAGGAGAUCGACACACAGGGUUGUGUAGGCUGCAGCGCAGGCGCAGGGGUCGCCCACUCCCCUCACCCUCCUGCCCCCGACAGUUCGUCCCCUCUGGAGAACCCUCAGCAGGACUCCAUCGGACAUGUGGUGGACACUUGAGAGACCUGGAAGCCGAAACGACCAACCACCCAGCUCACAGCAAACCAGCCCUGCCAGAAACCGCAACAACUCCCUCCAUUUCCUCCGACCGAUCCAGAGGAGUGGGUCCCUGUGCUUUAGUCUGAAGUUUAACAUUUUUUGUAAAGGCAUCAGUGGCUGGACGAGGGCCUGAGGAACAGAGGAGGCGGGGGUGACGGGCAUUUUCUCUUAGUCAGCCUAAUGUGACUGCCUUUAUUGGACCAUAAAUGUUAUACCUCUCUACUUUUUGUCUUUAUAGACCCCUGUAGGGGUUUGGUUUGUAUUUAGGAUUGACCAGAUCCUUUGGCACCAUUUACCACUUGAUGCUCAAUAUAUGAAGAGGGUCCCAUGGUUGCUGCCGACAGAGUGACAAGACAAUGACAGUGCUGUCCCAGUUUGAAUAUCAGAACAUACGCCAGACUCUCCUCCAGAGACAUGGAGGUUGUACAGUACAUGUACCACAUCAACUCCUUCACCUGCAGAGUAAAGUACCAUGGUUGACACAUGGGAGAUUGUUUUGAUGGACACUGAGACAAAGACACUUUUGCUGCUCUCUGUUUAUAAUGUUCAGAUUCUAAUCUUCUAAGUUAAUUGUUGUUGGAGUGUAUUCUUUUAUUCCAUUAGUUGGUUUUCUCUUGACCAGAGCAUCAGUUUUUAUGUGACUCUGACUCACCAACAACAGCAAACACACAGUGAUCAUUUAAAAUUUAGUUUAGUGCUUCAACACAAGUCCAGCCCGGUGCCCAAACCUUCUGUAGCACCACCCAGCACCCUGCCUUGUCAUCACCCUACAGUGCUUACCUCUAAUUAUAAACAGACACAGCAUGGCCCCAAAUGUCUUUUGAUUCUGGGUUUACUUUCUGAAUGAAUUUCCUCUUAGGGCCAAGUCACACCUACCUUCUUUGGUCCAAAUUUUCAGUUUGAUCCAAACCAAAAUUACAGGUGUAAAACCUCCACCAACCACCAACAACCGAACCGUGGUCUUGGUUUGGUCCAGAUCAGAUUGAACCAUGCUUUGGUUCAUUUUCUGGGAUGCUUUAGACUCUUGGACCAAUUACAGGAAGUUCUAGCAGGCUACCGUCAGAACAGGAGAAAGGAAAAAUAAAGCAACAAAACAAAAUGAGCUCCUGUAGCACAUGGUGAGAGGAGGAGAACAGAGGUUUAAUUGAUAUUUCCUCCGUCAGCUUUAUAGUUGGAAAAAAACUCACAAAAAAUCUGACCCCUUUCAGUUAUUCUCUGUGGAUGAGAGAUGAGACCGGAAUUGAACUGACAACAUGCAACAUCAGACAAAACUAACCUCAAUUCAGACUUUGGUUCAAACUUUCACGUGUGAAAAGGCCCUUAGACUCUGCGUACCUGUCUGUUUGACUGGCUGUGUGUGUGUGUGUUUGUAUGAGGAAGGCUGAGAGGGAUUGACUAACCUAUUGAAGUUCUAUGAAUGUUGUCAAAACUGUUCUUGUCCUGGGUUCAAAUUACAGGUGUGCGUGCGUGCGCGUGUGUGUGCGCGUGGGUGUGUCUGUGUGUGUGUGUGCGUGUGCGUGUGUCUGUGUGUGCGUGUGCGUGUGUCUGUGUGUGCGUCUGCGCGUGUGUCUGUGUGCGUGCGUGUGUGUGUCUGUGUGUGUGUGCGCACUCACUGACUGCUUUCUUCGAUACAGUUGUCCACCAGUGUAUGACAGACCAGGGUUUUCUACCGUUUUUAGAUUCAAAGUAUAGUACAGUACCAUGUAUUUUAUAGAAAAAGUACACAAAACAAACUUCACAAAGUGUAUAAAAAGCCAUUUGUCUUGAAUUCAGGGACUGUUUGUUUGCGACACAAAGGAAUGAAUAAAUGAACUAUGACCUAA